CACGUGAGGCGGAGGCUGGUGGCCUUUGACAAUAAACAUGGAGUCGAUCUUCCACGAGAGGCAAGAAGGCUCAUUGUGUGCACAGCACUGUCUGAAUAAUUUGCUACAAGGGGAAUAUUUCAGUCCUGUUGAGUUAUCCUCUAUUGCACAGCAGUUGGAUGAGGAAGAAAGAAUGAGAAUGGCAGAGGGAGGAGUGUCUAGUGAAGAAUAUAGAACAUUUUUACAGCAGCCUUCUGUAAAUAUGGAUGACAGCGGAUUCUUCUCAAUUCAAGUUAUAAGCAAUGCUUUGAAAGUUUGGGGUUUAGAACUAAUCCUCUUCAACAGCCCAGAGUAUCAGAGGCUUGGGAUCGACCCUAUAAAUGAAAAAUCAUUUAUUUGUAAUUAUAAGGAACACUGGUUUACAGUUCGAAAGUUAGGAAAACAGUGGUUUAACUUGAACUCUCUCUUGAUGGGUCCAGAACUAAUAUCAGAUACAUAUCUUGCACUUUUCUUGGCUCAGUUACAACAGGAAGGUUAUUCGAUAUUUGUAGUAAAAGGUGACCUGCCAGACUGUGAGGCUGAUCAGCUAUUGCAGAUGAUUCGGGUACAGCAGAUGCAGCGACCAAAACUAAUCGGAGAAGAGACAGCACAGUCAAGAGAUCAGAGGUUACCCAGAAGUGACGUGGACCAAGCAAUAGAAGUUAACCAUCCUUUUGAUGGAACAGGCAUGUUAGAUGAAGAUGAAGAGAAUUUUCAGAGAGCCUUGGCUCUAAGCAGACAGGAAAUUGAUAUGGAAGAUGAAGAAGCUGAUCUUCGCAGAGCCAUCCAACUCAGCAUGCAAGGUAGUCGUCAAAGUGAGUUCUCGGACUCCUUGCCGCAGGAUGUUCCUCAGUCGCCUCACACCAGUCAGACAGACUCCCUCUCUUCAGAAGAGCUGCGAAGGAGAAGACAAGCAUAUUUUGAAAAGCAGCAACAACAGCUACAGCAGCAAGAUCAGACCCCAAAUCUACACAAUAAGCCAACUCUAAGCUCAAGCACUCUGGAAGCUGACCCAGGUGCUGAUCUGAGUGAAGAAGACAUGCUUCAAGCAGCCAUGAAUAUGUCUCUGGAAUCUGUUAGAAACCACUUGAAUAAAGAAGAGGAGAAAUGACAUAACUUCCUUUUUCCAUCUUAUUGUCAAAACACUAUGUCUCCAUUAUAAUUUUACUGUGUGGUUGUUGCACAAGCAGGGUUCAUUUCAGAGUUCUGGGAGCAGGAAGUGGGGUCAGGGUCAGCGUUUAGAGGGAGCCUGCAAGUACAAAAAAGAUUGCACUAAUUUAGAAAACUGUAGCACUCCUA